AUGUUCCGGAGUCGUCUGGGAAUCUUGGAAGCUGGAGGAUGGGCGACUCGGACGGAUUCUGAGCACGCGACCACGAGUCAAUAUUUAUAUAAAGUAAAAAAGUGUUAUAUAAAACUUUUAAGCUUCCGAUGCCAUAUAGUACAUUUGUCAAGCGCAGAAUGUUUGGCGUUAAUAAAUGACGCUAAGGCUCGUGGUGCAUCUUUAACCGUGGAAACGUGCUAUCACUACUUAACACUUGCUGCGGAAGAAAUACCUCCAGGCUCUACUGAAUUCAAAUGUUGUCCACCGAUCAGAAGAAAAAAUAAUCAAGAAAAAUUGUGGAGUGGUCUUAAGAACAAAACAUUAGACAUGAUUGUCUCGGAUCACUCUCCUUGUGUGCCAGAAUUGAAAACUUGCGGAAAUUUUUUGACCGCUUGGGGCGGAAUCUCGUCAUUGCAAUUCGGUGCGUGUUUAUGUAAAAAUUUAGUGGAG